CAUCCUCAGCCCGGGAGUUCACCAGCAUGGUGUUUGUGUGGCAAUUGCCGGGCGAUGCCAACUCUACUUGAAAGAGUCUGCUGCAACUUUUCUCCAGAAAAUUGUACUUCAAGAUUGCCACACAUGGACCAGUACGUUCUUGAAGAAGGAGUUCUUCGAAUUGCAAGAACGUAUCGGAGAGAAGUGUUGGUGUAUCCUGAAGAUGGUGAUGAGGCAAAAGCAAACAAACAUGCUGCCUAUAGACAGUUUGUUAAGUGGCAGCAUGGCAGGCUAGGAGCAGGUGUAAGACGAGUUGUCCCUAGCUGCUGUGUGUGGAGAAUCCGCGACACAUUUUCCGAUCCAUUUGGUCAAUAUACAGGUUUUAAUACUGGAAGAAUAGGCUAA